CGCUUCGCAGGAAGCCGACUCCCAAACCCGGGCAGGGGGUGUGGGCCAAGGGCGAAACCCCGCCCCCAGGGGUCCCUGAUCUUUGCCCCGGCCCCGGGCUCGGCGCCUCUCGGAGAGGCAUCAGCAGGCGGACGGCGUUGCCUUUGUGUGUUUCGCUUCGAGGUGCCGGAGACCCUCCCCAAAGCCGUCCGCCGCGUCCCCUCGCGGCCCUCGGCCCCUCCUCUCGGCGUCCCCAGCCCCCCUGCUCAGCUCCGCUUGCCAGUUCGGGAAUUGCUGGUUCGCUCCCCGCGGCGCCAGGAGGAGGGGCGAGAGCCGGCAGCCCCCUCCCCCGCGCGCGGCGCAGGAGCUGAGCCCAGCCCGGGGGACCCGCCGCCGCCGGUCAUGUGGGCCGGACUGCUUCUUCGGGCCGCCUGUGUCGCGCUUCUGCUGCCGGGGGCUCCAGCCCGAGGCUACACCGGGAGGAAGCCGCCCGGGCACUUCGCGGCCGAGAGACGCAUGCUGGGCCCCCACGUCUGCCUCUCUGGGUUCGGGAGUGGUUGCUGCCCUGGCUGGGCGCCCUCUAUGGGUGGUGGACACUGCACCCUGCCCCUCUGCUCCUUCGGCUGUGGGAGCGGCAUCUGCAUCGCUCCCAACGUCUGCUCCUGCCAGGAUGGAGAGCAAGGGGCCACCUGCCCAGAAACCCACGGACCAUGUGGGGAGUACGGCUGUGACCUUACCUGCAACCAUGGCGGCUGUCAGGAGGUGGCCCGAGUGUGCCCCGUGGGCUUCUCGAUGACGGAGACAGCUGUUGGCAUCAGGUGUACAGACAUUGACGAAUGUGUAAGCUCCUCUUGCGAGGGCCACUGUGUGAACACGGAAGGCGGGUUUGUGUGUGAGUGUGGGCCAGGCAUGCAGCUGUCUGCUGACCGCCACAGCUGCCAAGACACUGAUGAAUGCCUAGGGACUCCCUGUCAGCAGAGAUGUAAAAACAGCAUUGGCAGCUACAAGUGUUCCUGUCGAACUGGCUUCCACCUUCAUGGCAACCGGCACUCCUGUGUAGAUGUAAACGAGUGUCGGAGGCCACUGGAGAGGCGAGUCUGUCACCAUUCCUGCCACAACACCGUGGGCAGCUUCCUAUGCACAUGCCGACCUGGCUUCAGGCUCCGAGCUGACCGCGUGUCCUGUGAAGCUUUCCCGAAAGCUGUGCUGGCCCCAUCUGCCAUCCUGCAACCCCGGCAACACCCGUCCAAGAUGCUCCUGUUGCUUCCUGAGGCCGGCCGGCCUGCCCUGUCCCCAGGACAUAGCCCUCCUUCUGGGGCUCCAGGGCCCCCAGCCGGAGUCAGGACCACCCGCCUGCCAUCUCCCACCCCACCACUACCCACAUCCUCCCCUUCUGCCCCUGUGUGGCUGCUGUCCAGCCUGAUGGCCACCCCAGUGCCUACUGCCUCACUGCUGGGGAACCUCAGACCCCCCUCACUCCUUCAUGGGGAAGUGAUGGGGACCCCUUCCUCACCCAGGGGCCCUAAGGCCCCCUGGCUGGCAGCAGGGCCCUCUCCCUGCUGGCACCUGGGAGCCAUGCUUGAAUCAGGGAGUCGCUGGACAGAGCCUGGGUGUUCCCAGUGCUGGUGCAAGGAUGGGAAGGUGACCUGUGAAAAGGUGAGGUGUGAAGCUGCUUGUUCCCACCCAAUUCCCUCCAAAGAUGGGGGGUGCUGCCCAUCAUGCACAGUGAGAUGCUAUUUCCACGGCCGGUGGUACGCGGACGGGGCCGUGUUCAGUGGGGGUGGUGACGAGUGUACCACCUGUGUCUGCCAGAGACUCUGUGUUCCCCAGGGAGUGGGGGCAGUGACCAUCCAGGCAUCUCUGGAGGAUGCAGCUGCCGCCAGCCACUGGCAGCACUUCAGAGACAGGACCUGGAAUGGGGAGGUGGAGUGCUCCUUCAUGCCCUGCCCUGAGCUGGCCUGCCCCCGAGAAGAGUGGCGGCUGGGCCCUGGGCAGUGCUGCUUCACCUGCCAGGAGCCCACACCCGCGACAGGCUGCUCUCUCGAUGACAAUGGGGUUGAGUUUCCAAUUGGACAGAUCUGGUCGCCUGGUGACCCCUGUGAGUUAUGCAUCUGCCAGGCAGAUGGCUCGGUGAGCUGCAAGAGAACAGACUGUGUGGACUCCUGCCCUCACCCGAUCCGGAUCCCUGGACAGUGCUGCCCAGACUGUUCAGCAGGCUGCACCUACACAGGCAGAAUCUUCUAUAACAACGAGACCUUCCCGUCUGUGCUGGACCCAUGUCUGAGCUGCAUCUGCCUGCUGGGCUCAGUAGCCUGUUCCCCCGUGGACUGCCCCAUCACCUGUACCUACCCUUUCCACCCUGACGGGGAGUGCUGUCCCGUGUGCCGAGACUGCAACUACGAGGGAAGGAAGGUGGCGAAUGGCCAGGUGUUCACCUUGGAUGAUGAACCCUGCACCAGGUGCACGUGCCAGCUGGGAGAGGUGAGCUGCGAGAAGGUUCCCUGCCAGCGGGCCUGUGCUGACCCUGCCCUGCUCCCUGGGGACUGUUGCUCUUCCUGCCCAGAUUCCCUUUCUCCUCUGGAAGAAAAGCAGGGACUCUCCGCUCACGGAAAUGUGGCGUUCAGCAAAGCUGCUAGGAGCCUGCAUGGAGACACUGAGGCCCCUGUCAACUGUAGCUCCUGCACUGGGACCCCAAUAGCAUCACUCUCGAGGCCGGCGCUCCAUCUGCUUCAGCUCCUUUUAAGAACGAACUUGACAAAAACACAGUCUUUACCUACAAGCCCAGCAGGAGCUCUUGGUCCACACUCACCCGCUUUGGGGCCCACAGGCACUUUCCCAGGGGAGCCUGGGGCCUCCCCUCGACUCUCACCAGGGCCUUCGACCCCUCCAGGAGCCCCCACUCUACCUCUAGCUUCCCCAGGGGCUCCUCAGCCACCUCCUGUGACUCCAGAGCACUCAUUCUCAGCCUCUGGGGCCCAGAUAGCGUCCAGGUGGCCUCCUCUGCCUGCCACCGUCCUGACAGAAGCUUCAGCACUUUCCAUGAUGGACCCCAGCCCCUCGAAGACCCCCAUCACCCUCCUCGGGACUCGCACGCUUUCUUCCACCACCUCUAGACUCUCUGCAGCCCUUGCAGCCACCACCCACCACGGCCCCCAGCAGCCCCCAGUGGGGGCCUCUCAGGGGGAAGAGUCCACCAUGUAAGCCGGUCACUGUGUCCGGAAGACUCAGGAGAGAGGACACUCUGCCAGUGGCUCCAAGGGUGAACCUAGUGGGGAUGCCUGGGCUCCCUCCUGCAGGGGCCCUGGUGAGGAUGGAAGACCCCCAAGGCUGGAUGUAACCUUGUUCCCAGGAAGUGUUUGGAAUGUGCUGUAAGAACGGAGGAAGUGGUUUCCACUGUCAGCAUCCUCCCUGGACCGCGUGGCCAGCUCAUCUUUUGAGAAGGGUCAGGGGCUGCCAAGUUCUCCUAGAGGAAGAGACGCGUCCAGCUGGGAUUCCACUCACUGGGACUGUACCGCCAGGUGUCCUGCGUCCCCCUGAGGUUUCCUGAUUAAAGGUUGUCUCGGUUUCCCCA